CUCUCUUUCUCUCUCUCUCUAAAAACUCACAAUCAUGGUGGUGUUAUCUCAGCCGAUCGUCGACGGCAAUCUCGCCCAAAUCAAGACAUGCAAGGCGGCCGCGGCCGCGGGGGAUUCCCUCGCUAUCCCCGCCGUGGACCUUUCCCAAUCCGGCGCCAAAACCCUCAUUGUCGACGCCUGCAAACAGCUGGGUUUCUUCAAAGUGAUCAACCACAGAAUCUCUAACGAUUUCCUCGCCGGAUUGGAAGGCGAAGCCAUGAAAUUCUUCCAAUUGCCGCCGCAGGAGAAGGCCAAAUCCGGGCCCGCAAACCCCUUCGGCUACGGGAGCAAGGUCAUCGGCCUCAACGGCGACGUCGGCUGGGUGGAGUACCUCCUCUUCUCCACCAACCCCGACCUCGCCUCCCUCAACCCUACCUCCGCCGCGCCGGGAAUCUCCCAAUCGCUCCGGGAGAUGGUGAACGAGUAUGUAUCGGCGGUCCGGGAAAUGACGUGCGAGGUGCUGGAGAUGAUCGCGGAGGAAAUGGAGAUGGAGACGAGGGAGGCGCUGAGUAGCCUGAUCAGCGACGAGAAGAGCGACUCGUGCUUCCGGAUGAACCACUACCCGGCCUGCCCGGAGCUGCAGGCAUUGAGCGGCCGGAGCCUCAUCGGCUUCGGGGAGCACACCGACCCGCAAAUAAUGUCCGUGUUGAGAUCCAACAAUACCUCGGGCCUCCAAAUCCGAACCCCCACAGACGCCACGUGGCACUCCGUCCCACCCGACCCCACCACCUUUUUCUUCCUCGUUGGCGACUCACUGCAGGUGAUGAGUAACGGGAGGCUAAAGAGCGUGAAGCAUAGAGUGGUGGCGGACAGUAUGAAGUCGAGGGUGUCGAUGAUAUACUUUGGAGGGCCGCCGUUGACGGAGAGGAUAGCGCCGGUGAAGGGAGUGAUGGAGGAAGGGGAGGAGAGUUUGUAUAAGGAAUUCACAUGGUCUGAAUACAAGAAGUCAGCCUACAAGACAAGGUUGGGUGACAAUAGGUUGAGCUUUUUUGAGAAGUCUGCUCUUGCUGACCAAUAGAUCUUUUCUUUCUUUUUCUUAAUUUUUUUUUUUUUUUUAAGGUAGUAGUAGUGGUAGUAAAUAUAUGGUGUAGUGAGUCAAAACCUGGGAAUCCCAAGGUUGGUUGACUGGGGCAAAGGUGGAGAAUAGGAGAUAGGAUCUUUCUCUUUUUUUUUUUUUUUUUUUUUUUUUUUUUUUUUUUUUUUCCAUUUUGAAUUUUGUAACAGUUUCAUUUCAUCACCUAACUUCUCGUUUUGUGUUUAAUAGUAACAACUACCCUCUUUUUGAGCA